AUGGCUCCAGCGAAGGGACAACAACGCCGCCUCUCCCUGUGCCCAGGGCCUCCCGUGGCCACCAUCCCCUUCGGGGACCUGCUGGAGGAGGUUGGCAGCAUGGGUACCUUCCAGAUUUUCUCAGUCUUCUUCCUCUCGUUGCCCGUCCUGUUCCUGGCCAGCCACAACCUGGUGCAGAACUUCAGCGCGGCCACCCCAGAGCACGGGUGCAGGCGGGCGCAGCCGGGCAACCUCUCCCAGCAAGAGAAUCUGGUGCCGCUCGGGCAAGACCUGAAGCCGGACAGUUGCCAGCGCUUCGCGGGAUGGUUGGCGUCCGACGCCAACGAUACGACGGGCAAGGAGGUGGGACUGGAAUCCUGCCUUGACGGGUGGCAGUAUGACCACAGCACCUUCGCUUCCACCAUCGUGACGGAGUGGGACCUGGUCUGCAACCUGCAGCCCCUGAAGAGCCUGGCCCAAUCCCUCUUCAUGGCAGGGGUCCUGGUGGGGGCCUUCGUCUUGGGAGACCUCUCGGACAGAGGACCUGUGAGCCCCGGUGAGGUGGGCAGGCGGCCCAGCCGAGGUCGGAGUCCCCUGCCCGCCCUCAGCAUGAAUCCCAGUUCUCCAGUGUGUCUGGUCAUCCCCGUUGCCAGCCUGCUCUCCUGGCUGAUGACCGGCUGCGCCACCGAAAGUAAGUCUCGAACACGGCACCCACUCCCGAUUUGGCAAAAAACCCGGAGCUCGUGGACAUGUUUCUCCAGUCCGUCCUCCGCUCGCUUGGCAUCUGGAUGCAAUAGCGCGGAAGACGCUCUGCACAUGUUCAGGAUGCUCUUGUCCUUCCAAGAAGAGGACAAGAGCACUUUGAACAUGUGCAGAGUGUUGCGGGAGACACGGAAAGGAAGAAGCUGA